AUGAACCACUCAUGCUUGUAUGAAGCCAUAUCCAGUCCAAAUACAACUCCAGGUGCAAAGCCUAAACCUGCUGCUACCCAACUCAGUCUCUCAAAUAUUUUUUUGGGAUUCAAUAAUAACUUCACCGGAGAGAUACCUCAGUCAAUAUGUGGACUCAACUCUCUAUACGCCCUAGAUCUAUUAGACAACAAUCUCCACGGCUCAAUUCCUCAGUGUUUAGAGACUCUGAUGAUGAGUUCUCUUUUGUAUCGUCCCAUGACUUUAGCCUCUCACAAAUUUAGUUGGCAUCUGGAUCAUAUGAUACUGCGGAUAUCAACACUUUAG